GUGCUGCACUCGCCAGUCGCCGGAGACCCUCUUGCCGAGAUGUCGCCGCUCUCCCGCUUGUCCGCCCGGGGGGCGCUCUCUCUGGCCGCCCUGCUGCUCGUCCUCGUCGUGGCCUUCAGCCCCGGUGUUACAAGAGGAAAUAAACUUAAGGUGAUGCUUCAAAGACGAGAAGCCCCAGUUCCAGCUAAGGGAGAAGUGUCAGUCAAAGAAGAUAAGGCGAAAGAAUUCUUAAGCAGCCUGAAACGCCAGAAACGCCAGCUUUGGGACAGAAGUCAACCUGAUGUACAACAAUGGUACCAGCAGUUCCUUUACUUGGGAUUUGAUGAAGCUAAAUUUGAAGACGAUGUCUCCUAUUGGUCAAACUUAGGACGCAGUGGCCAUGAAUAUUAUGGUGGUUAUUACCACCACCAUUAUGAUGAAGAUGCUCCUAUUGGCCCACGAAACCCACACACUUUCAGGCAUGGAGCCAGUGUCAACUAUGAUGAUUAUUAACCUUGAAUUUUCUCUGAUCGAGCACAUCCUGAAGAGUAACAAGGACCUCUCCUUCCUUUACUGUCCCCUCUUUUUCAGGUUUUAGUUAGAAUUGUUAAACGUAAUGAGAAAAAAAUGUAAUUAUACUUUUUUUAAUAUUCACUCAGUAGCGCACAAUAUAUAGAUGUGUUAGAAUUGAAGCUUCAUAAUAAACUGAAUUAUUUCAUCAAUGUAAUAAAAA